UUGCUACGAAUUUGUGGCCAAUGCAAGUACGCAGGUGUCUAUUGUCAUUUAUGUAUGGAAAAGACUGAUGUUGUUGCAUUUCAGCUUCUCCCUAAUGAAUCCGAAACUGUUUUUGAAACAACCUCGGUGACUAUUUCGUAUCUAUUAUGCAUUUUUGGUGGGUUUAUAUCAGUAGUCAUCAUGUGCGGAAACUCACUUGUAAUCAUUUCAGUCCUUUACUUCAAACAGCUUCACACGCCAACCAACUACCUGGUGCUCUCUCUGGCCGUAGCUGACCUGCUGGUGGGGCUUUUUAUUUUGCCUUUCAGCAUCCUGCUCUACGUGCGCUCAAACUGGCCUCUUCAAGGUGAGCUCUGCCGCGUACGGGGCGGCCUAGAUAUGUCACUGUGCAAUUCUUCAAUUUUGAGCUUGUGCUUUAUUUCUGUCGACAGAUACUAUGCCGUGUGUCAACCUCUGAAAUACAGGAAUAAAAUUAACAUUCGCGUGGUUUGGGUCAUGAUUCUAGUGACCUGGACCGUUGCAACUUUGAUCGGAGUUAUUAUCUCUUUGGCACCGGAUAAGAAUGCGGAGAAAAAGUGUGUUUUAAUUCAAACUAAAGCAUCGGGUUCGCUCAUUAUGGGGGCUGUUGUUGUAUUUUUCAUCCCUGCCCUCGUGAUGUCCGCAAUCUAUUUGAAGAUACUGACGGUGGCCAAGAAACAGGCGACGAGUAUUGUGAAAAUGUCAAAGCCGGGUGAAACAGCCAGCAAGAUGGAGAGAAAGGCGACUAAAACGCUGGCUGUUGUAAUGAGUGUUUUUUUGAUUAGUUGGAUGCCUUUCUUUCUCUGCAUCAGCUAUCAACCUUUGAGCAGCAACAAAAUACCGCUCCAUCUGAUUCAGUCGUUUAAAUGGCUCGGAUGGUCCAAUUCCAUGUUAAAUCCCUGUGUCUAUGCUUUCUUCUACAGAUGGUUUAGAUCAGCCUUCCGGCUCAUCAUAACAGGAAAAAUAUUUCGCCAUGAUUACACUAACACUAACCUUUUGAAAUUUUAA